AAGUAGAGCGUGUUUAGCAGCUGCCUGAACCAUAUCUUCUAGAUGUUGAUGUUGAAUAUCACUGGGUUUUGGGUUGAUGUGUCAAACCAGUGCCUUUGAGAGCAUUGGAAAAUGCAGGCUGACCAUGAAAACGGGUAUGAAGUUUGUGGCAGGGUUCUUGUUUCAUACUUGUGACCUAAAUAGCUGAAUCAGUUUCUACACAGGGAUUGAAGGAGAGGGGAAUGAAAUGAAAAACAAGCUAAGAAAUAUAGUAAAAGUUCAGGAAAAAUACUCAGAAAUCUCCAGAGCUGUGAUGUGCUGUACUUCUGUAAGAAGGAUCAGAAACCAGAGCUUAGGCACAUGACCUCAAGCUACUCAAUGCAAAUGAGGGAGCAUAUCCUCAGGUUUUUGGCAAAAAGGCUCCCUUGCUGUUCGAAGCAUGCUCCCAACUAAACCAGUCUCUGGAUGCAGUGCUAACUUUGGCAGUAGAAGAAAUGGUUGGAUACUCUCUGAAGAUUGAAGGCAAUGAGGUUUGCUGGGAUGGGUAAUCUUCUUAAGGUCCUUACCAGGGAAAUUGAAAACUAUCCACAUUUUUUCCUGGAUUUUGAAAAUGCACAGCCCACAGAUGGAGAAAGGGAGGUAUGGAAUCAGAUCAGUGCGGUUUUACAAGACUCAGAAAGUAUGCUUGCAGACCUUCAGGCUUACAAAGGAGCUGGACAAGAAAUUAGAGAUGCAAUACAAAAUCCCAAUGAUAUCCAGUUGCAAGAAAAAGCAUGGAAUUCAGUAUGUCCUCUGGUUGUAAGGCUGAAGCGCUUUUAUGAGUUUUCACUCAGAUUAGAGAAAGCCCUGCAGAGCUUACUGGAGUCCUUGACGUGCCCACCUUACACUCCAACUCAGCACCUGGAACGGGAACAGGCUCUAGCGAAAGAGUUUGCAGAAAUCUUACAUUUUACUCUUCGUUUUGAUGAACUCAAGAUGAGAAACCCAGCAAUUCAGAAUGACUUCAGUUAUUACAGGCGGACAAUAAGUCGCAACAGAAUAAACAACAUGCAUCUAGACAUUGAGAAUGAAGUAAACAAUGAAAUGGCCAAUAGGAUGUCCCUGUUUUAUGCAGAAGCCACACCAAUGCUGAAAACACUCAGUAAUGCAACUACACAUUUUGUAUCAGAAAACAAAACGUUACCAAUUGAAAAUACAACGGACUGUCUAAGUACUAUGGCUAGUGUAUGUAAAGUCAUGUUGGAAACACCAGAGUACAGGAGUAGAUUCACCAGUGAAGAGACCCUUAUGUUCUGCAUGCGAGUAAUGGUGGGAGUUAUUAUUCUGUAUGAUCAUGUUCAUCCUGUGGGAGCUUUCUCAAAGACAUCAAAGAUAGAUCUAGUGCAAUUCAUAUAUUAUUGUUCAAUAGUGGCAUGCUUCUGUUCCCAGAUGAAGGGAUGCAUAAAAGUUUUAAAGGAACAACCACCUGACACUGUGGAGGGACUUCUGAAUGCUCUCAGGUUCACUACAAAACACCUGAAUGAUGAAUCUACUUCAAAACAAAUUCGAGCUAUGCUGCAGUAGUAUCCUGAGACAAGUAGAUGUUUGUAUUGAUCACAGAAGAUGUGUAUGUUUACAUAAUUUAAUACGGUUUGAUGUUAAUACUUGUGUGUAUUUACAUAACCAUUUUCUUCACAUUGCUAAAAUACAUGAAUCUGUUCAUAACCUGACUGACUUUAUAUAGUGCAGCCUAAGUUUUUAUGCUAGCCUUUAUCUUUUGACUUUUAAAAUACUUUUUUACUUAGAUACUUCAGCUAUGACAGUUUAUCUGUGCAUUUUAAUCCUUAAACAUCUUCUCUAUCAGAGAACUAAGUAGUAGUGAAGACAAAAUGGAAAUCAAAUAAACUGAAAUGUCAAAGAUACCACAGAAAAGGAACUUUAAAGAAGGAGAAAGUUAGUGUAAGAGAAAGUAAAAUUCACUGGAUAUGUUUUAAGAACAUGUGCACAGUUUUGUAGUCAGUUAGUUUUAGGAUCUCCUCAGACUUGUAUGAACAGGAGAAUACCUGAAAGUCAUCACUCUCAUAAAAUACGUUGUCUUUCCUGUAAUAAGUGGAGAUCUACCUAAUUUUAAGGAUUAUGUGCUGGCUGACAUCCAAAAAGGUAUUGCAAAGAGGUCAUUUUACCUUUCUUAUUAAGUAUAACCUGUACCUUUCAACAAUUGAGGAAAUUAAUGUCCUUUUUCAGAUUCAAUAUAAAUAAACAGAAAAUGUGUUUUAAGACAAUUGCUAGAUUUUGAAAAUUCUAUAUAAUGUUAUUAGAUUUAGAAAGGAAAGGGAAAAUACUAAUGCCUUGACUUAACUAGAAAGGGUUUGUCCAUGUAAAUACAUCAUGAUGAACAUUAUCUCUCAGACAGCUCUACCCAGUAAGUAAUUUUUUUGCUGAUAUAAACUGGUAUAAAGCAGAACACUCUUCUGUAGCAGCAAACUUCCCUAGUGUCAAACUGGCCUCAUCAAACUAGGGAUGAUAUAAAUAAGUUUUAAGAGCUGAGCUGUUCUUAGGCACUCCAUCAGGUUCCUUGAUAGUAUUAUUCAUUAGAUGAUUCAGAGUCAACACAGAAAUAUAUAUCAGCUGACUGCUCUUCAUUUGUUUUUGAGAUGUGAUUGAUGCUUCAAGGAGUUGAGUUCCUUGCUGAGUUGUUUGUUCUUACUUUCUAGUAAUUUUUCCAGUAAAUGGAAUAGAAGUACUUUGCCAAAAGCAGCAAAGUGCUCAUGCUCUGUUAAGUGUGUCUUCUGGGUGGUCUGCAGUUGCUGUACAUAUUCUUGCAGAGGUCAUGUUCUGAGAAUGUGUUCAAUUUUGUGUACUUUGCUUGCAUGUAUGUGUGAAAACUCCAGUGCUUGUGCACAGAUUCAGAUUUGUAUUUGCUUAUUCCUGUGUACGUAAAUCAGAGUUUGUGUGCUCUCACUGGAAUUUUCAUGCAUAUCACUUCUAAAAACAUUACCUUAAGACUUUGAAGAUGCAUUUGGUCUGCUGAAAUUUGGCUGCGCUGUGACAAAUUGAGUCAUUGAACUCAGUCCUUAAACAGUCUUAAUAUCGUAAGUUCUUUGGAGUAGGGAUUGCUUUAGAGUUUAUUUCUGAGCAGAACGACCACUGUGAGGUUUCUCAAGCCUGAUCAGAACCCACGGGCACCAAUGUCACAUGUGUCGUGAUACUGGACAGCACCGCAACUCCAGUGUUCAUGUCACACAUCUGCAGUUGUAGCAGCAGAUCACUAUGUUGUUGUCAGGAACAGAAUUAGAAAUCACGCUAGUUUUUUUUCUUUUUCUGGAAGCAGUGAUCACAUUGCUUUUUCACAGUAGUAAAUUCACUGUUUACAAGCUCCAUUUUUAAUGGGCGACAUUUAAAAAUGUAUAUUAGGGAAAAUCCUGCUGUGUUCAGAGUCACUUCCAGUUAGGUAAAUCUAGGUGGAUGACAGGUCAUUCUGUUGAGCUUUGGUAACUGAAGUUAAUACACGCUUACCUGCAAUUAUUUGUCAAACAAUGAAGUCUUAUCUUUAAGUAGCCCAGAGGAAAGCUAUUUGUCACUUGUAUAAUAAAAAUGUAAACCUUAAAGCAUUCCGUGAGUUGUCAUGUGCUGUUUGCCGAAGUCACUGAAUUUCUUUGCCUGCUUUGAUGUUUUUGUACAGAAGUUUGUUUCAAAUAAUAAAAAGUUUGGUACAGUAA